GUGAUUCCUCACAAAGCAACCCAUGCACUAAUAACAGACCCCUCAUCACACCACAUAAUAAAUCACUGUAGUUGUAAUCCCACCGGCUCAAGUUGUAUCAAUCCGUCAAGAUAUUUGAGAUCUGGCAUCGCUCAUUUAUCGACUAACGAAGAUUCGACCUGCUUUACACCACAAUAUUAGCUAGCAACUUAUUCAACAGACAGUCAAUAUGAGUGAAGAGAAAGACCCAAUCCGGUACCAGCCCGGAAAAGGCGGAGGUUUCGAGCGCACCGAGGCUCAAUUUCGCAACUUCAUCACGAAAGACGCCAACUCAAAGUUCCCAGCUGAGAAAGGUCGCUAUGCUCUCUACGUCAGCCCUGGUUGCCCCUGGUGCCACCGUGUGAUGAUCGUCCGCGCCCUCAAACGCCUCGAAGACGUUGUAGACCUCUACAUUGCCGACAUGGGCAUGGGAAAAGAAGGCUGGCACUUUACAGACAGCCCCGAGGCAGCCAAAUUCGGCGUCCUCCCACGCGACCCCGUCUACGGCUUCAUGACAAUCAAGGAGCUCUACCUCAAAGCGAGUCCCGGCUACGACGGCCGCGUCACGGUGCCUGUCCUCUGGGAUAAGAAGGCGCAUACGCUCGUCAGCAACGAGUCGAGCGAGAUCAUCCGCAUGCUCUACACUGAGUUCGAUCACCUCCUUCCUGAGGCGGAUCGCGAGGCGAGUCGACCCGGCGGGGGCCUGUACCCUGCGGCGAAGCGUAAGGAGAUUGAUGGGAUUAAUGAGUGGGUGUAUCACACAGUCAACAAUGGCGUUUACAAAAGCGGGUUUGCGUUCACGCAGUCCGCUUACGAGGAGAACGUCGACGCCUUGUUCAAAUCGCUAGAUCGUUUAGAGGAUAUUCUCAAGGACAGGCCUUUCCUAACCGGCGAUCACAUCACUGAGGCUGAUGUCCGUUUAUUCCCGACGAUUGCUCGGUUCGACGUUGCCUAUGUUCCGAUCUUCAUGUGUAAUCUGGGCACGAUCCGGAACGAUUACCCAAAUCUGCACCUUUGGUUCAGGAGGUUGUACUGGGACCAGAGCGAGAGGACACACGGCGCGUUCUUCAAUACGACGGACACGUGGGUAUCGAGGUUCAAGGAGGGGUAUGGUGGUGCGAGGACGAGGGUCUUGGGAAUUACUGGGCCGCUUAUCAUUCCCAAGGGACCUCGUGUUCUGGUUCACGGGCUCAAGGAGGGGGAGAAGCUUGAGGCAUUGUAGUUUUCUCACUUGCAGGGACUGAACUUUACAAAAGUUUGAGACCAUAGAUAGAGUAGCUAGGAAAACUACCAUGGUAAUUUUCCUUAUUGCACUGCCGAUGGAAUCUACUACUGCUAAGC